CAAGAUUUCCUUGGCUAUCAAAUCUAGGCGAAAUUAUUUAGACCAGUCGCGAUUACCAUUUCUAACUGAUUGAUUUUGAAAAGCAACACUGCGAUACGUCCGAAAACGGCAGCGAAACAACACACGAAAGCGUGUGUGAAAGAACAAACAAAGUAUGAAAGGCAAAUCAAGCAGUAAAACGCACACACUGAAAGGCGGCCAGUCGGCAAGUUGCUCAUUUCGCUCUUGGCUUUGAAACGCGUCGAACCGUCGUUAAAAAAAUGUUGGCCAAAAAACUAUCCAACAUAAAAAAUCGUUGAAUAUUAACCGUUAGGCUAUACUAUGCAGAAUCAGUAAUCAGUAAAAAGUGGGUGGAAGAAACGAAGAAAAAACGUCAUCAGCGCCGCAUUUUCGCCCCGUGUUUGUUGUUGUGUUUGCUGUUGCUUUUCAAUUCGCCGCCUCGCCCUCUCGCUCUCUCAUUCUUUCUGCAGCCACCAAUUGUCAUGGUGUUCAAGUAAGAAGAAGAGCCAAGCUACCCGUGAGCACAUUGUGCGUUAGUUGGAUAGCAUUUUGGAUCCACAAAUCGGCCGGAUAUCGGUCGGAUAGCUCCCUAAAAAUCCCACCAAUCGACAGGUAACACCGCCAGCUACAAUUUCCGAUCAAAAACGGAGCUCCAACUUGAACGCAACUGAGUGAAAAACGUGGCGGAAAAAUCCAUACGAAGACGGAACGGAAAAAAAUGUGAUUGCUGCUUUUACUUGUUAUAUUGCUGAUGUGAAGAAUCCUUAGGUGCUAAUUUAGUUGAUAAGCGCAAAAAAAAAGAGAGAGACAGAGACAGAUCGAGAUCAAGAGAGAAAAGAGCGAUAAACAAGAAGUACAAUAAGUUAACGGACACCAGAGAGAGAGAGCGCUGAUUUUCCAAUCGAGUGGCAACUUUUUGAGGGCAGUGCUCAAAAGUAUGCUACAAAAUACACACAGCGAUCGCCGCACGAGGCGAACCUAACAGAACCUUAAAAGCGCGACACACACACCCACAAAGCUACACAGAGAGAAAAAAAGAGUGAGAGCUGAGCGAGACAGAACUGCAGCGCAAUGUCCAAGUUCUUUCUAACUGUUGCCCCCAACAACAACAACAACAGCAGCAACAAUGCCAGCAGCAACACACCGCGCCAACAGCAGCUCUACGGCGGUGGAGGUGGUGGGGCAAGUGGACACACACUGGUCGCCCGGAAGCUCAAUUACGAUCUUAUCGGCACCACCACCACCACCAACAUCAACAACAACAACAACAACAUCGUGAUCAAGAACGAGACCCUCGACUAUGAUUACGAACACGGACUGAGCAGCAGUGACAGUAACAGCAACAGUAACAGUAACAGUAACAGCGGUGUGGCAGCCCACCUGCGGGAUCAUGUCUACAUCAGUCUGGACAAGGGGCACGGUGGGGCGACUGCCACAGCGGGUCAACUGCAACUGCAGCAGCAACAGACCCGCAAGGUGGCCACCAAGUCCAAUGAUAUCACAAAUUACUACAAGGUUAAACGCCGACCACAUGCCGUUAGCGACGAGAUCCACCCGAAGAAACAAGCCAAACAGAGCGCCCACCACCAGACGGUGGGCUACCAGACGACGAAUGUGGCAACCAAAUAUGCAACGCAGCAGCAGAGGCAACAGCUGCUGCGCCACAGUACUGACGUCGACGUGGACGAGGAUGUGGGAGAGCGGGUGGUCAAGUCGGCCGCCCAUCAUCACUCCUUCGCCCUGUCGACGCCCCAGCAACAGUUGGCCUCCUCGGCGGCCAGUUCGUCGAGCGGUGAUCGCAAUCGGGCGGACACCUCGCUGGGCAUACUGACCAAGAAGUUUGUGGAUCUGCUGCAGGAGUCGCCCGACGGUGUGGUGGACCUGAACGAGGCAUCCAAUCGGUUGCAUGUGCAGAAGCGACGCAUCUACGACAUCACCAACGUGCUCGAGGGCAUCAAGAUCCUGGAGAAGAAGUCGAAGAACAAUAUCCAGUGGCGUGGCGGCCAGUCGAUGGUCAGCCAGGAGCGAUCGCGACGCAUCGAGGCGGAGUCGGAGCGUCUGGAGCAGCGCGAGAAUGAACUGAACCAGGCCAUUGAUCAGAUGCGGGCCAAUCUGGCGGAGAUCACGCAAGAGGUGGAGAACGCUGGCGGCAUGAUGGCCUAUGUCACGCAAAACGAUCUGCUCAACGUGGAUCUGUUCAAAGAUCAGAUUGUGAUUGUGAUUAAGGCGCCGCCAGAGGCCAAGCUUGUGUUGCCCAACACCAAGUUACCGCGUGAGAUCUACGUGAAGGCGGAGAAUAGCGGGGAGAUCAAUGUCUUCCUCUGCCAUGACACCACGCCGGAGAAUUCGCCGAUGGCUGCGGGCGCCGGCUAUGUCGGAGCACCCGGAGCCGGAUGUGUUCGAACAGCCACCUCGACACGAUUGCAUCCGCUGACCAGCCAGCGACCGAAUGAUCCGCUCUUUAACAAUAUCGAUGCCAUGAGCACGAAGGGAUUAGGUACCGCUCCCUAUCGCUCGGCACGCAACCUUAGCAAAUCGAUCGAGGAUGCCGCCAAGCAGUCCCAGCCUGAAUAUAAUAAUAUUUGUGAUAUGGCAAUGGCCCAACAGCAGCAGCACCAACAGGAAGAGGACGAUGUGGAUGUAGAGCUGAGACAGUUGGUGCCGACGCUGACUAAUCCGGUGGUGCGCAGCCAUCAGUUCAACCAGCAGCAGCACCAGCAACAGCCCACAAUCCAGGAGCUGUUCUGCAGCUUAACGGAAUCCUCGCCGCCCACACCCAUCAAGCAGCGACGGGCAGCCGCAGCCGCUGCCAUUGCAGCGGGUAGCGCAACAGUAACGACAACAACAACAGCAACCACUACGCUUAAUAGUCAUAACAGAAACAACAACAACAACAACAGCACCCAACAACAACCCCCCACAAUAGGAUACGGCAACAGUCAGCGACGCAGCGAUGUACCCAUGUACAACUGUGCCAUGGAGGAUACCGCCAGCACGUCGCGAACAUCAUCUGGGGCCGCCGGAACAACCGGAAGAGGAGCAUCAUCGGCGAUGGGCUCGCUGCAGAUGCAGUUCGCCGCCGUGGCGGACACUAGCAGCAAUCACAGCAACAGCAAUGCGGGCGGCGACAGCGGCUAUGGCAGCAUCGGUGGGGCUGGCGCUGGCGCCAACGCUGAUCCCCAUCAGCCAUCCCCCUUCAGCCAUGGCCGCAGUGUGGCCGACGACUGCGAUGCCAAUAGCAACAGCAGCAAUGUCACCCUCCAGGGUUUGGAUGCGCUCUUCAAUGAUAUAGGCUCGGAUUACUUCACCAACGAUAUGGCCUUUGUGUCCAUCAAUCCGCCGGACGAUAAUGAUUAUCCGUAUGCCCUGAACGCACACGAGGGCAUCGAUCGGCUCUUCGAUUUUGGUUCCGAAGCCUAUGGACCCUAAGAGGAGGACGCGACAUCCGCCCAAACACAUCCACACUUCUCACACACAACCACAACCACACUCGCGUAUAUAUCUAAAAAAUUGGGAUUCUGGGGGUGUUUAUAAUUUUAAAUUAUAUACAAAAAUGGAAG